GGCGCCGCGAGCCCGUCGGCAAACAUGGCGUCUCCCAGGGGCGGCGGCUGGACGGGCCCGGCGCAGCGCCCGCGGCGGCAACAGCAGCGCCCGCCGCCCUCCGGGGUUGUGGCCCCCGCCGCCGCCGGCGCCGAGGGAGCGGAGGCCGGGGCCGAGUCGGAGUCCCGGGCCGAGGGCCUGUACGUGGCGGUGGAGCGCUGCCCCCUCUGCAACACCACGCGGCGCCGCCUCACCUGCGCCAAGUGCGUCCGCGGGGGGGACUUCGUCUUCUUCGACGGCCGGGACUCGGAGCGGUUUUCUGAAAAGAAGGAGAGAUUGAAGCACCUUAGAAACAAGCAGCACGAAUUCCAGUCCCAGUUGUUAAAAGCUAUGGAGGGGAAAUGGAUAACUGACCAGCUGAGGUGGAAAAUAAUGUCCUGCAAAAUGAGGGUUGAGCAGCUGAAGCAAACGAUCUGCAAGGAGAACGAAGAAAUGGCACGAAACUCCGAGUGGCUUCUCCGAAUUAAGGACGAGAACCAGAAGCUGUACCGCAGGGCCCAGCGGCAUCAGGAGAAGAAGGAGAAGAUCCAGAGGCACAACCGCAAGCUGGGAGAGCUGGUGGAGAAAAGGAACUACGACCUGAGAAGCCAGCACGAGCACCUUGCAGGCCUCCGGCGCUUGCAUGUCCUGGAACUCACCUCCGUCAUCUUCCCUAUCGAGGAGGUGAAGAUUGGCAUGAGGGACCCCGCAGACAUGUCGUCCGAGAGCGACAACGCCAUGACUUCUAGCACUGUGAGCAAGCUUGCGGAAGCCAGGAGGACCACCUACCUGUCCGGGCGAUGGGUGUGUGACGACCACAACGGAGACACCAGCAUAGGCAUCGCGGGGCCUUGGAUCACCCUUCCCAACAACGGAGAUUAUUCUGCUUACUACAACUGGGUGGAAGAGAAGAAGACCACUCAAGGGCCAGACAUGGAACAUAACAACCCCGCUUACACCAUCAGUGCUGCCCUGUGCUAUGCAACUCAGCUUGUCAACAUUUUGUCGCAUAUACUUGACGUUAACCUUCCCAAGAAGCUGUACAACAGUGAGUUCUGCGGGGAAAACCUCAGCAGGAGGAAGUUCACGUGGGCAGUGAAAAAGCUGAACGCCAAUAUCCUUUACCUUUGCUUUUCUCAGCACGUAAACUUAGACCUCCUCCAUCCUCUGCACACACUCAGGAACCUGAUGUACCUGGUCAGCCCCGAGACAGAACAUUUGGGAAGGUCCGGGCCGUUCGAGAUCAGCGCCGACCUGGAGGACUCGAUGGAGUUUGUGGACCCCAGCGGCGCCGGCGAAACGGACGAGAGCGGCGACGAACAUGUCAGCGACGAAGAGACGGACCUGGGGACGGACUGGGAGAACCUGCCCAGCCCCCGGUUCUGCGACAUCCCCUCACAGACGGUGGAGAUGCUUCAGAGCCAGAGCACGCUGGCCUCGCGGGAGCCCAUCGCCAGCAGCAGCGCCGGAGGCAUGAUCUCCUCGGCCGCGGCCUCCGUUACCUCCUGGUUCAAAGCGUACACUGGACAUCGCUAGGGUGACACUCGGACCUCUGGGGGGGGGGAGUUCCUGUCCCACAUCCCGCCCACCAUCACUGUAGUAAACCUUCCCAAUUCUGCUAAGUAGUGCCUGGAACAUCAAGGGUCAGACUUCUGAUUGCGUAACACGCUCUCCCCUCCGGAAGAUGCUUUCAAUCUGGCCAAGCUUGACUGCGCGGCAGUCACCUUGCAUCUCGUUUUCUUUCGACACGCAUUUUGGACACCUGGAAACGGAGCUCUGUGCGUCUUCCGAGUCCCACGUGUUCCGCUGAGGGUGAAAGGAGGAGGAUCCUGUCUGUUAACUUCAGUUUCUUUUUUAGUUUAGUCCCUUAAACAAAAAAAGGAGAUAGAUCCUGGGUUAUGUGGCUUGGCAAAUCAUCUUGAAGCAUGAAGACUGAAAGAGAAAACUAUCGUGGCCACCACAUCCCCUGUGAUUAGUUCCCAGCAGGGUUCUUGGGUUACGUUUGUGUGUGUGUGUGUGUUUAUUCCAAAAGUGUGCACAGGGGAGAAAAUUUGCAGCACAAAAUGCACAUUUGUAGAGCCUUCUGGCAAGAUGUGCAGAUUGCUGCAUUUCUUUGUGGUCUCUGAUCUCCGUUGCCAUAAUUUUAAUACAGAAAACCAUCAUGUUUCUUCAAUAUCAAUAGGUUAUUUAUUUUUUAAGGGGAGAAAAUAGAUGUUAGGUCAUGCCGCCUUUGUGUGAGUGUGUGCGUGUGCGCGCGCACGCUCUUAUGGAUCCAGUUGCAGUUCCCUGGCUUCUUGCUCUGGCUGCCCGACACCAAAGAAAGCCUGGACCGUACUAACUUGCCAAUACAGAGCAAUUCUACUGCUACAAUAAGGUUUGUCUCGUCACAAAUCCUCUUUGUGUGCAAAGGAGCCGCACUUUCGUUUUGAAGUUUGGUCCACGUUCCAUGUGGGUUGUUUUUCCUGUGCUCCUCAUGCUUGAGAGCAAUGGGGCUUGUGUUACUCCUUGGUCAAAAACCCCAUCAAAUCCUCCUGGUUCUUGCAUCCAGUUCGGCUUCCGGUUGGAUAUAGCACGGUGCCCCUUGGACCUCAUCCUGGGUUGAGUUUCUGACUAGGCAGGCAUUUGGCAAUUGGGGGGGGCGCAAAUUAGGCUUUUGACAAUGCACCCUUUCCUUGUUCAGCCCCCUAGAGAAAAGCAGUCCUGGUUCAGGCACUUAGUGGGUGGAGAUUCGGAGCAUGCAAAUCCACCUCUCCUUGUAUAAGAGACAGCGUAGGCCCUGUGUGCAUGGAGGCCAAGACUCAGCAAGGAAUGAGUGAGCAAUAGGUGCAAGUCAGGCGGUGCAGGUGGGGAGGGGACACAUGCCCCCACGCCCCCAUGGAAAUUUGGGCCUGAGUUCACUGGAGAACACUGAAGUCCAGCAUCUAGUGGCACGAUGUAGCAACCCCCAAUGCGUUACAGAACAAUAAAGGGAGAAGUUGGCUGUGGGUUUCUGUUGCUGCCCUUGCUCUCUUGCAACCCCACCGCGGCCUAAAGUGUCAAGUGUGCACCUUGGGAGAGAGGUGCCAGGCAGGCAGCCAGCCAGCCUCCCUGCCCAUGCCACUCCCAGCAGUGUGAGCCCAAGGAUGCUUCCUGCCAUGAUUCAGAGUCCACGUGGUGCAGUCCUACGGGCAUCCGCUUCUGUGGAGUAGCACACAUGCCGAGACCAAAAUCGUGCCAGGCAAAAGGCUUCCUCCUCUGUGAUAACGGGCCUGGGCUGGUGGGCAUUUCUGCACUUUUACGCAGUCUUCAGGAGAGGGUUCCAGCCGCUGGUGCUGAAUAUUUGGCUCUUGGGUGUUUCGAUUCUGUGAUGCGUUUUUGCUCUGUUUCUCCGCCUGUCCCACUUUGGCCUGGAGUUGAGUGUAAGUUGGUGGCGUGGGGAACCUUGCGUGGCAGACGUACCCGCGGGAGGUGGGGUUCUGCGCAUUUCUGUUAAUAAACCAAAGAUCCCACCGGUUCUGUGUUUUCAGUUUUAAACCCGCCGGGCGGGAUUUCCCAGCCCGCGAAGACUUGACGCAGAAGAACAGCAGCAAUGUAAUCCACCCUGCUCCAUCAUCGCAGGCUCCCGGCGAGGUUUUGUCCAGCUACGAGAGACCGGAGGGAAACCGGGUGGUGCAGGGCUCACUUGUCUUUGCCUCAAAGGGUGCUCAGCGUGGGACACUGCCCUGCGAGUCUCUCCUGUGUCCGAAACGAUAUGUGUGGAAGGAGGUCCUGUGAAAGAAGGCACUUUAUUAGUUGCAAAGGAGUUAGGCUGCUCAAUGCUGGGCUCGUAGCUGCUGGGUUCUUUCCCCCUUGUAAAUAUAACUCGUAUGUUCCCUUCCCUGCCCCAUCAUCCAUUCUGCUGCUUAUUUAUGGUUUGUUUAAAAAAGGAAGAGAGGGGAAACCCUCUUAAUAGGAAAUGCCAGUAAACCACAAACCUUUUGUCAGUCCUGAUUUCUUUGUCUUAAAACGAUGCCUCUCUAGCGCCGUAGUGUAGCAUCCACUCUGAAUUCACAAAGGUGCGCCCCAAGGAUUGUAAUAUGUUAGGGUGUCAAAUCCUUUCCAGAAACACUUUUUUUUUUGUAACAAUGGUUUUUUUCCGGUUGGUUUUUGUUUUAUAUGUAUAUAUAAAUAGAUACACACACAUAUAUAAAAAAUGUUUUUACACAUAUAUAGCUAUGUGGAGAAACCGGGAGUGUGUGCCCAAAACUUUAGUGCAAUUGAGGUGUGAUUGUGUUCUGUUUGAAUGGCGAGGAGCAGAGAGGCUCCCCAUUAGCGGACUGUUGUGGCUGAAGACAGCCGGCUGAGCAUCUUGCGGGUCAUAGUUGUGGCGCCACAGAGGCAAGGCUGCGCAUUUGGGGUCAGUGGCCUCAAAAGAUACCGAGCGAAGCUUCUGAAAUGAGGAGUGCUCUCCACCCUCCGAGGGGGAUUUAUGUUUUGAGGGUCCCCAACCCCUGGCUGCCUUUCCAGCAAACCUUGCGCCACUUGCCCCACUAGGUAGGGUUGUAACCUAACAGAUGCGUGUGUUUUUCUAAAAAUUUAUUGUAUUAUUGCAAUAAAUCUUUUAACAGGAGUUUUCCUAA